AGCAGGGGAAGCAGGUUGGACUCACUCCCAAAAGACUAAUCCACUUGCAUUAAACAAUAUCCAGAUAUGAAAUCAUCCGCGUCUGACCAAAUUAUCAUCGCUUUCAUAUAAAAAAUUUAAUCUACCGGCCCAUGCACUGUAUCUCGGUUUCCUCUAUUAAAUAGCCAAUGUUGGACGACAAUAUCCUUGCGCAAACCAAUAGUACUCGAAAACUACUUAUCUAACCUGAACUAUGUCAACCCAGAUGCUCUUCCUUGCUACGCUAAUCGUCCUCUCAUCUUCCCUGCAAUCCCAUGCAGUGGAAUACACCGUGACGAACAACGCCGGCAACACUACCGGCGGCGCUCGCUUCUCUAGCGAGAUCGGCAUUCCGUACAGCCGCAGGACUUUGACAGCAGCCGCCGGUUUCAUAUGGAGGGUCUUCCAUCAGAAUGCCCCCGGGGAUCGUAAAAGUGUCCAGAAAGUGAGCUUGUUUAUAGAGACCAUGGACGGCGUGGCGUAUGAGAGCAACAACGAGAUCCACGUGAGUGCCACGUACCUCGGGGCCUUCUCGGGGGACGUGAAGGGGGAGUUCACCGGGGUCCUGUACCACGAGAUGACGCACGUGUGGCAGUGGAACGGGGACGGAGAGGCCCCCGGCGGGCUCAUUGAGGGGAUCGCGGAUUUCGUGAGGCUCCGGUCAGGGUACGUGCCGGGCCACUGGGUGGGGCCAGGCCAGGGCGAUAGGUGGGACCAGGGUUACGACAUCACGGCACGGUUUCUCGACUAUUGCAAUGGCCUGAGAAACGGGUUUGUGGCCGAGCUGAACAAGAAGAUGAGGACUGGUUAUAGUGAUAGCUAUUUUGUUGACCUGCUAGGCAAGAGCGUCGACCAGCUCUGGAAGGACUACAAGGCUAAGUACGCUACAUGACUAGAGUCCAUACCUGCUCAAUAGAUGUACGUGCUUGAUAAAAAGCAUU